UAGCUCCUCCUCCCGUCCCUUGGUUUCAACUAGGUCCUGUAGAGGAGCAUAACAGGCACGUUAGGUGAUGCAGUGUCUUAUUCAUUUUGUGAACUGCAACUCAAAGAGGAGAUAGUAACCAUGUCUGGAAGAGGAAAGGGCGGUAAAGGUCUCGGUAAAGGAGGCGCUAAGCGUCAUCGCAAAGUGCUGCGCGAUAACAUCCAGGGCAUCACCAAGCCAGCUAUCCGCCGCUUGGCUCGCCGUGGCGGUGUCAAGCGUAUUUCAGGUCUGAUCUACGAGGAGACCCGCGGUGUGCUCAAAGUGUUCCUGGAGAACGUGAUCAGGGACGCCGUCACCUACACCGAGCAUGCCAAGAGAAAGACCGUCACCGCCAUGGAUGUGGUUUACGCUCUGAAGCGUCAGGGUCGAACCCUGUACGGCUUCGGAGGUUAAACGCUCGACUAGAACAACACUAAG